UCCAAUCAAACCAAAUAAGUCAUAACUAUAGUUUCAUAUGAUUCUCAAGUUUCAAGACAUUAAGGCUAGUUAUGCUACAUUUCUUUUUAUACAUUUCAUUGUAAUAAAAUGAUAUGACAUCUGAGGAAUAACAUUGUGUGUCAUAAGGAAUAAGGACAAUUAAUGACUGUAAAUAGAGAACAGUGAUGGGCUUGAUAGAACAAAGCAGGAUUUUAUUUUCAGUCAAACACAGGUAUGUCGUUCAUGUGGACUAUUAGCAACAGUAGGUGUUAAUCUAAUAGCAUCGAGUGACAAUUUUAUUUGCAUUUUUUUCUGGCUGCAAAGAACAGGCUGAAUUAUCAUAAGCUUUACAUGCGGAAUAGACUCCUGGAUACUCAUGUGGACUAUUAGCAACAAAGGAUGGCAAUAGAUGUUCUAAAUAUAUUCAUGUUGACUUUUAUAUCCAAUUAUAAGGAAUACCGUACCAAAAAAAUUAGUUGGCGAUGAAGGUCUGUGUCUCUGUGAUGUAUAGAUGUGAUUUUGUGCCACAUUGUGUCGCUUUCACCACACAGUUAUUGGUGUGCUUAUGGAUAAGUUAAAGUCCAAAAGAGACAGAGAGGUAACCAGUCUAUGAAGCUGGGCACAGGAAUGGAAUAAAGAGUUGCCAAUGACAAUAUUUGAUAGAAUGCGGCUAUGCUGUGAUAUUGAAGUAGUAGAGAGAGCUACAGGUUCUCUGAGCUUAAAGAAGGGAAAACCGAUCCGUGCCCAACUAGCGGUGGGGAAGAGCCCGCCUUCAGACAGCGUCUACAUGAUGGUCUGUACCACUAAAAAUAAGAAUGGAACAAAAUAUCAGAUCAAGGGAAACAUCGAGAAGGUGUUCACCAAAUGUGUAUCUGAAGGCAAGGCUACAAUACGAUUGAUAAGUCCUGAGAGGGACAUCUGUAUUAGUAAGGCUGAUGUUAUUCAGCUGAAGAGCUACCUCAACAUUUUGAAGCAGGUUGUUCAGGGUCAGAUGCCAGACAAAUCAGUGUUCUCCAGCCUCGCCCCAGUCAGCGCGAAGAAAAUUGAAAGGCCGAAAACGGUCCUGGUGAUCACUUGUAAAAAGGACUACCCUCUCACCACAAACUUUCCAUCCUCUCUUGAAACUCUACAGGUCCAUGACUGCAGCAUGAAGAAAAUGGACUCCAGGAUCUUUCAGCUGCGCAACCUAGUCUGUCUUGACCUCAGUGACAACAGUUUGACGGAGGUUCCAGACGGUAUCGAAAAACUUCAAAACUUGUCUGACCUCCGACUUAAGUGCAAUAAGUUUGAAAAAUUCCCAAUGAACAUCUGUAGACUGAAAAAUAUCCAGAAUAAUUUAGCUGUGUUGGACCUGAGUAACAAUCAGAUGAAAGAAUUACCUGUACAGAUCUGUGAACUAGCGAACCUUGCGAUGUUGAAAAUGGAUAACAAUCUUUUGGAAGCCGUUCCUCCGACCAUAGGACGGUUGGCUAAUCUGAAGGCAGUGUCGAUGUCGAACAAUAAGCUGACGGUGCUUCCUGCAGGGUUUAUGCGUCUCAGACUGGACUCUGUGGACCUGUUUGGGAACAACUUUGUAAGAACUGAAAAUGUGACCUCCAGGGACCAUGUUGAUGUGCCGUCAUUGGUGGAGUGUGCCGCAAGACAUAUCAGGAAACAGAGAAUCCCGUACACAGAAGACGACCUCCACACUCACCUGUGCCGCUACCUCGACUCCGCUCGGGUCUGCUGGUGCGGCAACUUCUGCUUCCAGUGCAGUGUGGCGUACUCCCACAUGGUGAACCUUCGCACAGUCACCAGCGCAAUCACGGCGGUCGACCUCACCGGCAGCACCUUUGUGCCCGUCCAGGGAUUCCUGUGCUCUCCACAGUGUCUCAACAAGUUCAAGACAGAUCCAAACGCGUACUGGAGAUAAAUGUUUGGAUGACUUUUGUUUUGUGAUGGUCACUUUAAACUAUAGUUAAAGUUAUGUGAGGAUAUCAUUGGUAGUUAAACUUUGUUUAAAGCUUGUCGGACUAUUUAGUUGUUCUCUUUAAUACGAUUUACUUGGAGAUGAACACAUGUUAAACAAAUUCAACAAGUAUCCAAAUGCUAACUUACUUUGAACAUAAGGUUAUUCAUUUGUUGGAACAUUUAUACAGUGAACAUUCAGUAUUUUUUCUCAGCUUUGAAUUUUUUAAGCUUGGAUGUUGUUGACGAUGUAUUCCAAUAUUGGUUAAUAUAAUUUGCUUUACGUUUUCUGAAGAUGCACAUUUGGAUCUUGCUCUGGGACAAGGGGCUCAAUGCACAUGCUUAAAGUGUCUUAAGUCACCAGAGUCUAAUUAGGGAUGAGACAAGGGGCUCAAUGCACAUGCUUUAAGUGUCUUAAGUCACCAUAGUCUAAUUAGGGAUGAGACAAGGGGCUCAAUGCACAUGCUUUAAGUGUCUUAAGUCACCAGAGUCUAAUUAGGGAUGAGACAAGGGGCUCAAUGCACAUGCUUUAAGUGUCUUAAGUCACCAUAGUCUAAUUAGGACGAGACAAGGGGCUCAAUGCACAUGCUUUAAGUGUCUUAAGUCACCAGAGUCUAAUUAGGGAUGAGACAAGGGGCUCAAUGUACAUGCUUUAAGUGUCUUAAGUCACCAUAGUCUAAUUAGGGAUGAGACAAGGGGCUCAAUGCACAUGCUUUAAGUGUCUUAAGUCACCAUAGUCUAAUUAGGGAUGAGACAAGGGGCUCAAUGCACAUGCUUUAAGUGUCUUAAGUCACCAUAGUCUAAUUAGGGAUGAGACAAGGGGCUCAAUGCACAUGCUUUAAGUGUCUUAAGUCACCAUAGUCUAAUUAGGGAUGAGACAAGGGGCUCAAUGCACAUGCUUUAAGUGUCUUAAGUCACCAGAGUCUAAUUAGGGAUGAGACAAGGGGCUCAAUGCACAUGCUUUAAGUGUCUUAAGUCACCAGAGUCUAAUUAGGGAUGAGACAAGGGGCUCAAUGCACAUGCUUUAAGUGUCUUAAGUCACCAUAGUCUAAUUAGGGAUGAGACAAGGGGCUCAAUGCACAUGCUUUAAGUGUCUUAAGUCACCAUAGUCUAAUUAGGGAUGAGACAAGGGGCUCAAUGCACAUGCUUUAAGUGUCUUAAGUCACCAUAGUCUAAUUAGGGAUGAGACAUUCCACCUUAACUGCAUAUCCGGUAAGAAAAGACUUCCUUUAAAUGACAAAUGUCAUAAAAGCACAAAGUAUUAUUCUUGGUAAGCCUGUGCAGACUGCACCGGCUGAUGUUGGACAGCACUAUACGUACAUGCAUUACACCCCCUUUUCACAGAGCACGUCCCAUAUGAUUUAAUAAGGUUCAGUUUCGAUGUCAUGGCUCAGGACUGUUCAAGAAUCAUAUCAGACUGUGUAAAUACAAUGUUCAUACGAGCAAUGAACAUCUUUCAAAAUGUGUUUUGUUCCCUAAAAAGUUGCAGUUAUAUUAUGUCAUUUUUUUACAAGGCAGUAUCUGUUUGUAUGUUUGUUACAUGAUACAUGUCAAUUGACAGAUGAAGAUAAAUACUAUCUCGUGUUUUGUACCACUACCCAGUUAUAUUUUCAAAUAUACAGAUAUUGAAAUGAAAAAAAAUGAAAAAAAGGUCUUUGCCGAAAUUGAAUUUUUGCCCAAAUAUUGGAGCGGAGGCCGCCACCCCUGCCGCCCCAGCUCCGACGCCUCUGUUAAGUGUUGCAUGACCAAUUCUUGUUAGAAAAUGAGCCUUGUUCUGGGACAACUGGGCUUAAUGCGUAGUGUCACAACAGAUUAGCCUGUGCAGUCUGCACAAAGCACAUGAUUAUUAGAUACAAAACUUUUGUCUCAUAUGGAAAUUUUAGUUUAAGAAAAUCUUUUCUAAACAAAAUCCAGUCUUGAAGUAACAUGAUUCUUAACGCACAUGUGUUUAGCCCAAUUUUCCCAGAACAAGGUUCAAAUAAUGUUAAAAUAAUGUUGUGUUGCGUGAAUAUGAUGUAUUUAAAGUGCUAUUCAAUGACCAUUUUCAUAAAAUAUUUAUGAACAUUUCUUAAAAGAUGGUUUACAUUAUAUUAAAAUAGUUUAAACUGUUA